UUGGCGCAGCCGGCGAGGAAAGCGGCGGGACAGCCCCGUUCCGCCCCGCAGCACCGCCGCUGCCCUCCCCUCGCUGCCGGCGGUCCUCCCCGGGUGGCAGUGACCGGGCAGGCCCGCCAAACCGGGGUGCUCCCCUGGGGUCCAGGCGGGGCGUCCCGAGUACCUGUCAGCGGCGGGUGAAGGAAGGUCUCGCCGAGGCGCUCCUGGUCCUGUGGGGAUUGUCCUUCUGUCUUUGUACAAUAUUGUUGAUGGGACAAAGAAGUGGACGUCAAAAAAGAAGCAAGAAACUAGAGCCAGUACUAAGCGAGACCAUGAUGACCGAAGCAGAAGUACGAAAUGAUAAAGAAGAAGUCAAAGAGAUGAAGACCAAAGACCAGAGGCUAACAUCAGUCUUUGGUGUAGCAGACUUAAAAAAUGGAGCUAUUGGACUGUACAACAUCGGGCAGAGCUGCUGUCUGAACUCUGUGCUCCAAGUGUUCCUCAUGAAUACACACUUCACAGGGAUACUUCGAAGGAUCACCGUGCCACCAUAUCCUGCGCAGCAGAAGAAUGAUGUCCCAUACCAAAUGCUCCUGCUGUUAGAGGAGAUGCAGUGUGGCAAGCAGAAAGCUGUUUCUCCCAUAGCCCUUGCUUGCUGUCUUUCAGUAUACAGAGUGAAACUGUUUGUGCAGCAUGAUGCUGCCCAUCUUUUUCUGACUCUCUGGAACUUGAUAAAGAGGCAGAUGAAAAAGCCGGAGCUGGUGGAAGAGCUGAAUGAUUUGUACACUAUCUGUGUACAGGAGCACCUGGCCUGUCAGAAAUGCUCUUUCGAAACAAAGAGGAACAGCAGCAUGUUAACCCUUCCACUCCCACUGUUGGAUUCUAAUUCUCACAUGCUGAAGACUCUGGAGGCCUGUCUGCAAUACUUUUUCCUUCCAGAAGAGUUGACUGAUCACAACAUGUGUUUCUGUGAACAGUGUGGAAGGAAAACACCUUUUCUGCAGAGCAUGAAGCUAGUCCAUCUGCCACAGACUCUGACCAUACACUUAAAGCGCUUCAGCUUUGAAAAAUCAGCCUACAUUCACAAGCUUAGUCAUUAUCUGCCAUUCUCAGAAGACCUUGAUUUCAAUGCAAUCUUGACAGAAAAUCAGUGCCAAGCAGAUGACAAGGAAAAGGCUGCCUGGCAGUAUGAGCUUUUUGCUGUUGUUGCUCAUUCAGGAUCCACUAGUUGUGGACACUACUGUGCCUAUAUUCGAAGUCUCACGGAAUGUAAAUGGUAUUGCUUCAACGAUUCUGAGGUUUGCAAGGUAUCGUGGGAUGAUGUGAAAUGCACCUAUGGACAUUCCAAACUCCACUGGGGAGAAACGGCCUAUCUCUUGAUUUACAUGAAAAAACAUCCUCAGUAGCCUUAUCCAGGAGUAUCAGAAUGUCUCGGGAAGCUGUACCUUGUCCAUGAAGUUCAGCAUCUCUGUACCAGUGUGGAUGUGUACAAAUGUUCCACAAGAAGGACAUUCUGCACUCAGUCAGUGACCUCUGCCUUCACAUUUAUUUAUCAAAAAAGUGCAGGAGAGACUCAGCUAGAGAAAGUAUCUAAGAACUGUUGCACCUAGAAACUUUUUCUUUCAUAUAUUUUUGAUAAUUAUAUGAUUCUAUAUAUUAAUUUCCUCUUAAAAGAUAGUAAAGUUAGUCCUUGUCUCUGCUGACUUACUAGUUUCUUUAAUGCUGAGGCCUAGAUACCAGUACAGGGGAAGCGUUUGGCCUGAAAGGCUUGAGAAACAGCUGGAACAAGGAGCAGAAUCCUUAUGACACAUGAAGCGGUGAUGUUUACUCCUUAAAACCUUCCUGAAAAUGAAUCACUGCAGGGGUUGAGGUGUGUUUGAAAGUUGGUGUCAGCAUAAAGAGGUGUUUUUAAAUCGGGAGCUAUUGUAGUAGUUUUGAUUUACAAGAUGAGGUUGUAUGUAUUUAUGCAGAUGAUUCUUGUUCUAGCAUGCUUAUCAGGCAUUUAUAUGCAUUUUCUUUCCUGUAUAGAUGUGGUGGGUUGACCCUGGCUGUACACCAGGUGCCCACCAAAGCUGCU